ACUAUUAUUUUGUCCUGUGACGUAACUUCCGCCGACGGUUCAGUAGCAAGAUGGCGGCGGGCGGCAGCGGCGAUGAAGCGUUUCAGACCUUCUACACAGAGGUGAAGCAGAUCGAGAAGAGAGACUCGGUUUUAACCUCCAAACAGCAGAUCGACAGGUUACUGCGACCAGGAGCCUCAUACUUCAAUCUCAACCCGUUUGAGGUUCUUCAGAUCGAUCCUGACGCCACAGACGAGGAGCUGAAGAAGCGUUUCAGACAGCUGUCCAUCCUCGUCCAUCCAGACAAGAACCAGGACGAUGUGGAUCGAGCCCAGCUGGCCUUCGAAGCGGUCGAUAAGGCCUAUAAGAUGCUGCUGGAGUCGGAGCAUAAGAAGAAGGCGCUGGAUGUGAUCCACGCGGGGAAGGAGUACGUGGAGCACAUGAUGAGCCAGAAGAGGAAGCAGCUGAAGAAGGACGGGAAGCCCACCGUCAUGGAGGAAGACGACCCGGAAGUGGUACGUUCACGUCAGCUGCUGCGUGAUUCAUGCUUGAUGUGAAGGUCAGGAGUUCAUACAGACGCCACAGGCUUUCAGUGUCUGGUCCAGUUUGUUUCCAUAUCACUUCUCUUUUUCCAGACGAGCGGA